AUGAACGAAAAUCGAAAAAUUAGAAUUACAGAGUUGAGUACUUUAAACCUUAUCCUCUGUUUAAAGGAGAAGAAAUAAAUAAUAAAUACUUUAUCCUUCUCUAUAUUUACAUCUAAAAAAAAUGUUUAUGAAAUUAAGGUAUAAUAAUAAAUGAGCAAUGAUCAACUAUUUCAAGGAUAGGUUUAACUUACUGAGAAUACUAUUGAUCACAUUUUUUUGAAUUUUAAAGACCUAUCUAUCAAAUAGCAUAAUGUUAUUUCUGUUUUUAUACCCAUCGAUAAAGAAUAGAUGAUAACAAAUGAUGAAGUUGUGCUGAAGCUUAAUGAAAAUUCAAUAGAAAGAAUAUUGUAAACCUAAAAUACUUUUGAAUUAAAUUAGAGGUUAGAUAAUAUUUUGGGAAUUUAAUCAUAAUUUAGGGGAAGGUUGACAGCAAGAAAGGGAAUAGAACAUCCAGUUGAAGAUGAAACAAUAAAACUUAAAGAAGUAUAAUUAAAAGUUGAGGAGCAGUUAAAAUCCUAAAUAAGUGAAAUAGAAAAAACAGAAUAAUAACUUUAAGAAUUUAAGGAAUUCUUUAAUAACUCCAAUUAAUCUUAAGAAUAGUAAAAAACAUCUCUCAUAAACUGCUUGGUUUAACAUGAUUAGGCAAUUAUGAAUAUUUUGUAAGCUUAAUGGAAAAAUUCAGAAAAUGUAUCCUUCAAAAUUGAAAGUUCCCUUGACAAAUACACAAAUUAAAUUGUAGCCUUAAUAAAUGAAAUCAAAAAGAAUGAUGAGGAGAUUCAAAAACUCUAGUUUAAUUUUAAGAAACAAAAAAUUUAUUUAGAAUGUACAGAUCAAAUUUUGGAAAGGCUUACUUAUAAAAUCAAUUAUCUGCAACAAAUUAAUCCUCUUGUUGUAAAAAAAUUAGCAUUGUUAUAAAGGAUGAACUAAGAGAUAGUGACAUGUGAAAAAUAUAUUCGAUAAAAUUAUCAUUAGAAUGAAAUUAAUAAAGAAUAGCUCUAAACAAUCUAAAAUUUGAAAACUUUAAGUCUUGAAGCAUUUGAAAAAACUAAUCAUUUUUUAGAAAUAUUAAAUUUCAAUAAUGAUUUAAAGCUGUAAUAAUAAAUUGAAAUAUUCAAAAAACAAGAAUAUGAAAAUCAAAUAAACAAAACCAAAUUAGAAUAAAAAAUUUAAUCAUUAUAAAUUGAGCUAGAAAAAUAAAAAAAUAGAGCAAAGAAUUUAGAAAAUAAAUUACAAACCCUUUACCAAUAAAUUGAAUAAAUUAAAGUUCAAAACAAACAUUUAUAGCAAAUUAAUUCCUAACAUCAAAAUGAGUUUGAUCAAUCGUAAUUACAUUUAAAACAAGCAGAAGAUGAGGUUGCAUCACUAAAAUAUCUACUUUAAUCUUUAAAAGAUGAUUAAAUUAAAAAAUACCAAAAUAUUAUAAAUGAUAAUUCAAUAAACAAUCUUAAGUUUGAAUAAACUAUUAAAUUAUUAUAGGAUCAACUUGAAAAAUAGAAAAACAAAGAAAAAGAAAAUACAAUAAUCAAAACCAAGUUAGAAUAAACAAUUAAAUUAUAAUAAGAUGAGCUUGAAAAAUAGAAAAACAAAGAAAACGAAAAUACAACAAUCAAAACCAAGUUAGAAUAAACAAUUAAAUUAUAAUAAGAUGAGCUUGAAAAAUAGAAAAACAAAGAAAAAGAAAAUACAACAAUCAAAACCAAGUUAGAAUAAACAAUUAAAUUAUAAUAAGAUGAGCUUGAAAAAUAGAAAAACAAAGAAAAAGAAAAUACAAUAAUCAAAACCAAGUUAGAAUAAACAAUUAAAUUAUAAUAAGAUGAGCUUGAAAAAUAGAAAAACAAAGAAAACGAAAAUACAACAAUCAAAACCAAGUUAGAAUAAACAAUUAAAUUAUAAUAAGAUGAGCUUGAAAAAUAGAAAAACAAAGAAAAAGAAAAUACAACAAUCAAAACCAAGUUAGAAUAAACAAUUAAAUUAUAAUAAGAUGAGCUUGAAAAAUAGAAAAACAAAGAAAAAGAAAAUACAAUAAUCAAAACCAAGUUAGAAUAAACAAUUAAAUUAUAAUAAGAUGAGCUUGAAAAAUAGAAAAACAAAGAAAACGAAAAUACAACAAUCAAAACCAAGUUAGAAUAAACAAUUAAAUUAUAAUAAGAUGAGCUUGAAAAAUAGAAAAACAAAGAAAAAGAAAAUACAACAAUCAAAACCAAGUUAGAAUAAACAAUUAAAUUAUAAUAAGAUGAGCUUGAAAAAUAGAAAAACAAAGAAAAAGAAAAUACAAUAAUCAAAACCAAGUUAGAAUAAACAAUUAAAUUAUAAUAAGAUGAGCUUGAAAAAUAGAAAAACAAAGAAAACGAAAAUACAACAAUCAAAACCAAGUUAGAAUAAACAAUUAAAUUAUAAUAAGAUGAGCUUGAAAAAUAGAAAAACAAAGAAAAAGAAAAUACAACAAUCAAAACCAAGUUAGAAUAAACAAUUAAAUUAUAAUAAGAUGAGCUUGAAAAAUAGAAGAACAAAGAAAAAGAAAAUACAAUAAUCAAAACCAAGUUAGAAUAACAAAUUUAAUCAUUAUAAAUUGAGUUAGAAAAAUCAACAAAUAGAGCAAAGAAUUUAGAAAGUAAAUUACAAACCCUUUAACAACAAAUUGGGUAAAUUGAAACUCAAAACAAAUAAUUAUUGCAUAUUAAUUAAAAUAACUAAGAUAAAUUAAUCUUUACUUAAAAUGAUGUUGAUCAAUCUAAAUAAAAGUUAAAAGUAGCAGAAGAUGAAGUUGUAUCACUUAGAUUAUAACUUUAUUCUCAACAAGAAUAGAAAUUUGGAGAUCCUAAAUAAGGAAAAAUAUCUAAAAUCGAAUAUCAUUUUAACAAUUAUCGUUUAAACAUGUAUGAUCAUGUUAUAAAUUAGAAGGAAUUUUCUAUAUUUUCAUUUAAUGUAGUUCGAAAGUAAUCUAAAACAUUUAUUUAGGUCAUUAUCAGGAAAAUCUUAUUUUGGAAUUUGUGAUAAAAAUAUCACAAAUGCUGAAUUUGUAUAAUUUUUAAGUGAUAAAGAGUAGCUAUAGUAACAAAUCUAUAUACUUUUUUCACUAGAAGGCGAGAGGCUUAAUAACUUUUAAGAAGUUAUCAGUUAAAUAUGUCCAAUAACCAAGUUUCUUUCAGGUUAAACUGCUGCUGUGAUAUUUGAUCCCUCUAUAUCUACCUUCACUAUUUAUAAGAGCCUUAAUGAAUUAGAAAUCUUUGGUUUUAGUUUACCGUCAACUGAAAAAUAAUUUGUCCCUUGCUUCAUUCAUUCUGAUUUUGAUGAAAUAAAGUAAAUCACUCCAUAAUACAUUAACUUUGAAAUAUGA